GGCAAACGUUGGAAGAUGUAAACAGAAACAUGAGUGAUUCCUCAAGUAAAGCAACUGGUCUAACAAAAGAUGUCGAGAUGGAGCUACCACUGCAUUCAGACACGUCGGUGGAAGAAGACUGGGAAUCUAUUGCAGAUCGCACACCUGAUGAAUUGCUCUCAUCACAAUCUUUGCCUGAAGUAUCACUCUCGUCACAAUCUUUGCCUGAAGUAUCAAAACUAUCUUUGGAAGAUACCAAAGUUCAGACCCCUAAGCGACGUGGAAGAGGAACAUUUUCAUUUAAGAAACAUGAACUUUACAGUGAUCAAGUGUCUGAUAAGUUAAUUGUUGAUAAUGAUACACCAGACGAUGAAAAUGUGUCCCAUAAUUUGGAGGGGGAUCCAAAAGUAAUAAAAUCAAAAUAUGGAACACAACAUAUUCUUGUUCUGGCUGACUUUCCACCAAGCACUACGACAAUAGAGUUGGAGAAACUUUUUGUGGAUAUUAGAGAUCCUGGAGUUGUUAUUCGCUGGGUCAAUGAUACAGUUGCUCUUGCAGUUUUCCGAACACCGUCAAUUGCACUCGAAGCUCUUAGCUGCGUUCGAUGUUCUAUGACAGUGCGAGUGCUUGAUGAGAAUGAUUUCCUUUUGAGCUCAAUUUCACCGAAAGAUCUGGAACCUCCUCGGCAAAGGCCACAGACAUCAGCUAGAACUGCUCAGAGGCUCAUUGCUCAUGGAAUGGGACUGAAACUACCUUCCACGGCCUUUGGAUCAAAGGAUUUAAAGAAACAGGAAGAUGAUCGAAAGAGCCGCAUAGUCAUGAGGCAAAAGUUGAAAGAUGACGCUUGGGGUACAGAUGAAGAUUAAUAUUUUUCUUACAUGACAAACACUUGCUCCGUUCCUUUUUGAUCUGUAUAUGACCUCUGUAGCUUAAGGGGUCUCUGCAUUUGGUCUUGUAAGCACACAUAAUCAAUUUCAAUGCUAGAAAAACUUGAGUGGCUUGGCUUGCA